AUGUGGAGCGAGGCUUCAAUUCCCGACCUCACUGGACGAGUUGCCUUGGUGACGGGAGGAAACGCAGGAAUGGGGUUCCAGACGGUCAAGCAGCUAGCAAUCCACGGAGCGAAAGUGUACCUUGGGGCCCGAUCUGAAUCUCGAGCAAAACAGGCUAUCGACAGCAUCCUUUCUGAGAAUCAGUCAAUCACCAAAGAUCGUUUAGUAUGGCUACCUUUGGACUUGUCGAACCUAUCAGACAUCGUGGAGGCAGCGCAAUUACUAUCAUCUUGGGAAAAAAGAUUAGAUAUUCUGAUCAACAACGCCGGCGUCGCUGCAGAUGACUUCACAAGAACCGCAGAUGGAUUUGAGUUAACCAUUGCUGUGAAGCGAGUAACAAUGCCUCCCGCUACGGCAUCGACAACUGGCUCUGACGUCCGCAUCGUGACCAUCAGCUCAGUUGCCGAGAAAUUUGCGCCCAGGCAUAACACCUUUGCAACCACAAAGGACCUUAGCGAUCCAGGUACGGCUGAUCCGAAUGAUUAUACUUCGCGCAAGACCGUCUUCAGCCGCUACGGCGCCAGUAAGCUGGCAAAUCUCCUCUUCACAAGGGAGCUACAGCGGCGUUUGGAUGAAGAAGAUGCCAACAUCAUGGCUUUGGCAGUGGACCCCGGCCCUGUCGCUACUGAUGGUGGCAUGGGCAAAGGCGCUCUCACUCAGCUCUACUGUGCUACCGCAAAGGAGGUUGCGAAUGAACCUAAGAAUUACAAAGGCAGACUGUUGACUGCACCCGGGAAGACCAACACCGGAUCCGACAGGUCGCGCGACAGUGAGUUGGCUCGAUCACUGUGGAGGAUCACAGAGGAAGCUCUGAGAAUCGUUGGAAUCUGA